UAGAGCGAACCGACUUCCGCUCACCAUUUUGAAUGCCAGCAGAGGCGGAGCUCUGACAUGUUCAUUGAGGGCCGGGCUGGGAAGGCGCCCCGGCGAGAGCAGCGGCGCUCCAGCCGCGGCGGGCAGAAGCUGGCGGCCGUAGCUCCGCCUCCAGCCUUGGGCUCCACCUCUCGGCCUCAUUUCCGCCGGGAGACCAUCUCUCGGCGUCGCUGCCGUAAGUCAGGUCGGCGGUUUGCCGCAUCACGGAAGAUGGCGGCGGCGGCGGCGGCUACGGUGAACGGGACGACCGGCGUCUCGAGCUCGGGGCCCGCGGCCACUUCGGGCGCGAUCUUGCAGGCAGCGGCUGGCAUGUACGAGCAACUCAAGGACGAGUGGAACCGGAAGAGCCCGAACCUCAGUAAAUGUGGGGAGGAGCUGGGCCGUCUGAAGCUGGUUCUGUUGGAGCUCAAUUUCCUGCCAACCACAGGGACCAAACUGACCAAACAGCAGCUCAUUCUGGCCCGUGACAUCCUGGAAAUCGGGGCCCAGUGGAGCAUCUUAUGCAAGGACAUCCCCUCCUUCGAACGCUACAUGGCCCAGCUCAAAUGCUACUACUUUGAUUACAAGGAACAACUUCCUGAGUCAGCCUACAUGCACCAGCUCCUGGGCCUCAACCUCCUCUUCCUGCUAUCCCAGAACCGAGUGGCUGAGUUCCACACAGAAUUAGAACGCUUGCCUGCCAAGGACAUCCAGACCAAUGUCUACAUCAAGCAUCCUGUGUCCCUCGAGCAAUACCUGAUGGAGGGUAGCUACAACAAGGUGUUCCUGGCUAAGGGAAACAUCCCCGCUGAAAGCUAUACUUUCUUCAUUGACAUCCUACUGGAUACUAUCAGGGAUGAAAUCGCAGGAUGCAUUGAGAAGGCCUAUGAGAAAAUCCUUUUUGCUGAGGCUACCCGGAUUCUCUUCUUCAACACACCCAAAAAGAUGACAGACUAUGCCAAGAAGCGAGGUUGGGUCCUGGGCCCUAACAACUACUACAGCUUUGCCAGCCAGCAACAGAAGCCAGAAGACACCACCAUCCCCUCCACUGAGCUGGCCAAACAGGUCAUCGAGUAUGCCCGGCAGCUGGAGAUGAUUGUCUGAGCCUCGGCCGGGGCGGGUGGACAUGACUAGUCCAAAAAACCCAGUGUAGGCUGGCCUUCAAUAAAGGCGGAUUAACCUUU